AAUAUACAUACAGUUGUUCAGUUGUUAUUUAGACACCGAUAAGCUCUGAUCGUGUGGUUCUUAUAACUAAUAACCAGAUUUUUAACAAAAACGAACAUGGAAAAGUGGAAUGGAAAAGUUGCUAUAGUAACAGGCGCUUCUUCUGGGAUCGGAGAGGAGACUUGCAAACAACUGGUUGAAAAAGGAAUGAUUGUUGUUGGUUUUGCUAGAAGAGAAGAUAAACUUCAGGUGUUAGAAAAGGAUUUAAAAGGAAAACUAGGCAAAUUUUAUUACCUUAAAGUUGACUUGUGUUCAGAAGAAAACAUUUUGGAAGCAUUUAACUGGGUAAAGACAACAUUAAAAUCUGUCGAUGUACUUGUUAAUAAUGCAGGUGUCUGGAAGCAUAGUGAUUUAUUGGGAAACACGAAUGAUUGGAAACAAAUGUUUGACACUAAUGUCAUAGGUGCUAGUAUUUGCAGCAGAGAGGCCAUAAAAAUCAUGGAGGAAAUACAAAUCAAAGAAGGUCACAUAAUAAAUAUUAACAGUGUCGCAGGUCAUUACACAUUUCCACUCUUGAAAGAUAUUUCAAUUUAUGGCGCUACAAAACAUAGUAUCACUACAAUUACAGAGUAUUUAAGAGAACUGACGGGCAUGAAAAAUUUACCUAUAAGAGUCACGAGUAUUAGUCCGGGUGCAGUAGAAACCGAAAUGACUGAAGAUUUUAGUAAAAUGGAAGGCGUGAAAAUGUUGAAAUCUAUUGACAUUGCUGAAGCUAUUAUGUAUGCGUUGAGUGCACCACAGCGUGUUAACGUUUCCGAAAUCAUCAUAAGACCAACAAGCGAGAAUACGUUAUCUUUUACGAAAAAACUUGUAGAUAUACUUUAGGAUUAAUAUAUAUCUGUAAUUCAAACUUCAUGUAUAAAUAAUAGAAGUUUAUAUUUCACUGUUUAAAAAUAAAUAUUUAUUAUGAUAUAUCCAUGUAUAUCAUAUUAUAGAUAAUAUUUAUUAUAUAGCUGAUACAAAAU